AUGACGAUGUUCAGGAACAUUGGCUCAGCACUGACGAUGGGAGGGGUGGAGACCGCCCAGGCCAAGGAAGCCAGGGGAAGGUACAUCGGAACCUGUGGCCGCCAUGAGGAGGCAUACCAAGCAUACAAGGAGUUCGUGGACGAGGCUGCAGGGAGGCUGGAAGAUCUCUGGAGGGAGGCCCAGCGGGCCCGCCAAGUGGUCAUAGAUACCGGGGCGCUGUACGUUGACGCGGAAGGGAGCCUUCAGUUGGGAUGGUACCCGCUGCAGGAAAACGUCCGCACCGGCAACGGAGUGGAUUCUGCCAUAACGGCAGCCCAAGGAAGCCGCGCAAUCACCUGGGUGGCCGUCGGAUCCUUGGGUUCAUCCUCCACCCGCGGGACCAUGGGCAGCCUGUCGGGCCCCGGAGCGGUUGCAUUUGCCGUCACCGGCUUCAGUGCACUGGAGUCUGCCAGAUUCCUCAGCGUAGACUUUUUCAAAUCGAGACAACGGGAGCGGGAGCGCCUCGAAUCCUUAGAGCAGGCCACCGAAGCGAUCGAGCAGAGAGAGGUCGAAAUGCAGCAACACCGGAACAGGCUGGAGUCCAUCCUGCCGGAGAUCUCACCGGCCAUCGACGAACUGGCAUCAUCGGCUGUGGAUGCCAAGUCAGCCAACGAUUCACGGCUGACCAGCAUAUCGACGAUGCGGUCCACCCUGGGGGCCCAUUGCGCCAAGGUGGCGGAGGCCCUGCAGGAGGCAACCAGCGCCAUCGAGAACGCCCAGGGAAACCGGGAGGAACUCAGGAACAUAGGUGAGCGCUCCAGGGAUGUAACGACCGCCGCCGCCGAGUUGCAGACGGAGUCAAACAGGCAGGAAGCCGCCGUGAACGAGGAAACCAACAGGACGACCGCAGUCCUCAACAAGCUCGCCGCGGCCAUCGACACCGCCGACGAACUCAUCUCAAAUGCGAGAGCGUGA